UGGACUCUCCUUGUGCGGAGCUUAACCUUGCCGCCACACCGGCUGUCGCCACCGAGGCGGGCUGGCAACCCUGAGCGUCGCAGUCAUGCCGGCCGGACCCGUGCAGGCGGUGCCGCCGCCGCCGCCAGUAGCCACCGAACCCAAACAGCCAAAUGAAGAAGAAGCAUCAACAAAGGAAGAUUCCACCCCUUCCAAGCCAGUGGUUGGGAUUAUUUACCCUCCUCCAGAGGUCAGGAAUAUCGUUGACAAGACUGCCAGCUUUGUGGCCAGAAAUGGGCCUGAAUUUGAAGCUAGGAUUCGGCAGAAUGAGAUCAACAACCCCAAGUUUAAUUUCUUAAACCCCAACGACCCUUACCAUGCCUACUACCGCCACAAGGUCAGCGAGUUUAAGGAGGGGAAGGCUCAGGAACCCUCCGCUGCCAUCCCCAAGGUCAUGCAGCAGCAGCAGCAAGCCGCGCAACAACAGCUGCCCCAGAAGGUCCAAGCCCAGGUGAUCCAAGAGACCAUAGUACCGAAGGAGCCCCCUCCUGAGUUUGAGUUCAUCGCUGAUCCCCCCUCCAUCUCAGCUUUUGACCUGGACGUAGUGAAGCUGACGGCUCAGUUUGUGGCCAGGAAUGGGCGCCAGUUUCUGACCCAGCUGAUGCAGAAAGAGCAGCGCAACUACCAGUUUGACUUCCUCCGCCCACAGCACAGCCUCUUCAACUACUUCACAAAGCUGGUGGAGCAGUACACCAAGAUCUUGAUUCCCCCCAAAGGCUUAUUUACGAAGCUCAAGAAAGAGGCUGAAAAUCCUCGAGAAGUUUUGGACCAGGUAUGUUACCGAGUAGAAUGGGCCAAGUUUCAGGAACGUGAGAGGAAGAAGGAGGAAGAAGAGAAAGAAAAGGAGCGAGUGGCCUAUGCUCAGAUUGACUGGCAUGAUUUCGUGGUGGUGGAAACAGUGGAUUUUCAACCCAAUGAGCAAGGGAAUUUUCCACCCCCAACAACACCAGAGGAACUGGGAGCCCGAAUCCUCAUUCAGGAGCGCUAUGAGAAAUUUGGGGAAAGUGAGGAGGUGGAGAUGGAGGUUGAGUCUGAUGAGGAAGACGAGAAGCAGGAGAAGACUGAGGAGACUCCUUCCCAGCUGGACCAGGACACUCAAGUACAGGACAUGGAUGAGGGUUCAGAUGAUGAAGAAGAAGGACAGAAAGUGCCUCCACCCCCAGAAACACCCAUGCCUCCGCCUCUGCCCCCAACUCCAGACCAAGUCAUUGUGCGAAAGGACUAUGAUCCCAAAGCUUCCAAGCCCCUUCCUCCAGCUCCUGCUCCUGAUGAAUAUCUUGUAUCCCCCAUCACUGGGGAAAAGAUUCCUGCCAGCAAAAUGCAAGAACACAUGCGCAUUGGGCUUCUUGACCCCCGCUGGCUGGAGCAGCGGGAUCGCUCCAUCCGAGAGAAACAGAGUGAUGAUGAGGUUUAUGCACCAGGUUUGGAUAUUGAGAGCAGCUUAAAGCAGUUGGCUGAGCGACGUACUGACAUCUUUGGGGUAGAGGAAACAGCCAUCGGUAAGAAGAUUGGUGAAGAGGAGAUCCAGAAGCCGGAGGAAAAGGUCACUUGGGAUGGCCAUUCAGGCAGCAUGGCCCGGACCCAGCAAGCUGCCCAGGCCAACAUCACACUCCAGGAGCAGAUUGAGGCCAUCCAUAAGGCCAAGGGCCUGGUACCAGAAGAUGACACUAAGGAGAAGAUUGGCCCUAGCAAGCCCAAUGAAAUUCCCCAGCAGCCACCGCCUCCAUCUUCAGCCACCAACAUCCCCAGCUCAGCUCCCCCCAUCACAUCAGUGCCCCGACCCCCUGCGAUGCCACCUCCAGUUCGUACCACUGUUGUACCUGCUGUACCUGUCAUGCCUCGGCCACCCAUGGCAUCUGUGGUCCGGCUGCCCCCAGGCUCAGUGAUUGCCCCCAUGCCACCCAUCAUCCAUGCACCCAGGAUCAACGUGGUACCUAUGCCUCCUGCAGCACCUCCCAUCAUGGCACCCCGCCCACCUCCCAUGAUUGUGCCAACAGCCUUUGUGCCUGCUCCACCUGUGGCUCCAGUACCAGCCCCAGCUCCAAUGCCUCCUGUACACCCCCCACCUCCUAUGGAAGAUGAGCCUCCAUCCAAGAAACUAAAGACUGAGGACAGCCUCAUGCCUGAGGAAGAGUUCCUGCGCAGGAACAAGGGUCCAGUAUCCAUCAAAGUGCAGGUACCCAACAUGCAGGAUAAGACGGAAUGGAAGCUGAAUGGGCAGGGCCUGGUCUUCACUCUCCCGCUCACAGACCAGGUCUCUGUCAUCAAAGUGAAGAUUCAUGAAGCCACAGGCAUGCCUGCAGGGAAACAGAAACUACAGUAUGAAGGCAUCUUCAUCAAGGAUUCCAACUCCCUGGCUUACUACAACAUGGCUAGUGGUGCUGUCAUCCAUUUGGCCCUCAAGGAGAGAGGCGGCAGGAAGAAGUAACGAGAGAAACCUACAGUUGGGCCCCUGCCAUUGUACCUCUUCUUUUUACCCCACAGUUCUAGACACUUUCUCUGGGGCCUCAGGCACAGCCUGUGCAUUUGUUUCCCUCUUUAUCAAUUUGGAAAUUCACCUUGUCCUUAGGAGAGUUGUUGCCCACUAUCUAUCCCUGAUAGUGGGUAAGAAUAGCAGAGAGUUCUGAGCCAGUCCUGAGUGAUUCUCUUGUUUAGAUUCUGCAUUGGAGGCCCUUCAGGAGGCUCCUUUGGAAUUGAAGACCCAGCGCUAUCCUACAGGACAGUUUCAUAAUGCCAAGUGACACUUGGCUGAUAAGAGUGUGGUUACUGUCAUGCGUCAUUUUGUAUCAUGCUUUGAUCUCUAAUAAACCUCUUGAAGCCAGGCAUGGUACAUGCAUGCACUGGGACUUGGGCAGUGCAGGCAGGAGAAUGAGAUGUUCAGUUAACCUCAGCUGUACAGCUUGAGGCCAGCCUGGGCUGUGUGAGGAACCGUGUUUAAUAUAUAUAUAUAU